UUCCUAAAUCUGGCGCCCCUGCGCCCCAACAUCCACACUUUCUCCCCGUUCCCCCGUUCUGAGGACUACGCAUGCUCCGAACUACACUACCCAAAGAGAGGCAGUGGGCAGGGCCAGCGGGCCCCGAAGCGGUUUAACUCCUGUAGCUCCACCCUUUGGGCAGGAGGGGUGGUGCCGCCCUUUGGACCUCAAGGUUUCCCGGGGCAGAGCGCUCCGCAGUCUUGGUGGGAAGCAGCCAGGCAGGCGAUGGCUGCCACGCGUGUAGAGUCCCGCGCCCGGGAGAUCUUCACCUCGGUGGAGUACGGACCGGCCCCGGAGAGUCACGCAUGCGCACUGGCCUGGCUGGACACCCAGAACCGCCAACUGGGUCACUAUGUGAAUGGAAAGUGGCUCAAGCCUGACCGCAGGAGUACCGUGCCCUGCCAGGACCCUAUCACAGGAGAGACCUUGGCCACCUGCCUCCAGGCCGAGGCCCAGGAUGUGGCGGUGGCUGUUGAGGCGGCCAGGACUGAGCUGGAGAAUUGGAGCCAUCUGUCCGGUGCCCACCGUGCCCAGCACCUGACCAGGCUGUCCAAGGUGAUUCAGAAGCACCAGCGGCUGCUAUGGACCUUGGACUCCCUGGUUACCGGGCGGGCAGUUCGUGAGGUUCGAGACAGAGAUAUCCCGCUGGCUCAGCAGCUGCUUCAGUACCAUGCAGUCCAGGCACACAGCCAGGAGGAGGCGCUGGCAGGCUGGGAGGCCGUGGGGGUCAUCGGCGUCAUCUUGCCACCCACGUUCUCCUUCAUCGAGAUGAUGUGGAGGAUCUGCCCUGCCCUCGCUGUGGGCUGCACUGUGGUGGUGCUCACACCCCCAGACUCGCCGACACCCCUACUCCUGGCCCAGCUGGCGGGGGAGCUGGGCGCAUUCCCAGGGGUCCUCAACGUGCUCAGUGGCCCGACCUCCUUGGGGCCCAUCCUGGCCUCCCAGCCUGGAGUCCAGAAGGUGGCCUUCUGCGGAACUGUCGAGGACGGACGUGCCCUUCGGCGGAGCGUGGCAGGCACAGGGGCUGAGUUGGGACUGACCCUGGGCACUGAGUCUCUGCUGCUGCUGACCGACACAGCCGACGUGGACUCAGCCGUGGAAGGCGUCGUAGAUGCAGCCUGGUCUGACCGCAGCCCGGGUGGCCUCAGGCUUCUCAUCCAGGAGUCCGUGUGGAAUGACUGCAUGAGGCGGCUCCAGACUCGCAUGGCACAGCUGAGGGCUGGCCGAGGGCUGGACGGGGCCGUGGACAUGGGUGCCCGAGGGACUGCCAUGUGGGGUCUGGCACAGCGUUACAUAUGUGAGGCUAAGAGCCAGGGGGCACAGGUGUUCCAGGCUGGUGAUGUGCCCUCGGGUAGCCCGUUCUUUCCUCCCACCUUGGUCUCUGACCUGCCCCCUGCUUCCCCGUGUGCUCAGGCAGAGGUGCCAUGGCCAGUGGUGUUGGCCUCCCCAUUCCGAACUGCCAAGGAGGCUCUGGCGGUGGCCAAUGGAACCCCCCGGGGAGGCAGUGCCAGCGUGUGGAGCGAGCGACUGGGCCAGGCCCUGGAGCUGGGCUACGGCCUCCGGAUGGGUAGCGUGUGGAUCAACGCCCAUGGCCUCCGGGACCCUGUAGUGCCCACAGGUGGCUGCAAGGAGAGUGGGUCCUCCUGGCAUGGAGGCUCAGAGGGCCUGUAUGAGUAUCUGCAGCCCGCGGGCACCCCUGCCCUGCUGCCCGUCGUUCCCGAGAAUCUGGAUUAUGACGCUUUUGGCCUCUCAGUAUCCUCUGCCCUUCCAGCGGGGCCUGAGACCGGGCCCAGCCCAGCACCCCCUUAUGGGCUCUUCGUGGGAGGCCGUUUCCAGGCACCUGGGGCCCGGAGCUCGCGGCCCAUCUGGGAUUCACAGGGUCAACUCCAUAGUUACGUGGCUGAAGGCGGAGCCAAGGAUAUCCGGGGGGCUGUGGAAGCCGCCCAUCAGGCCGCCUCUGGGUGGCUAGGCCGGUCCCCGGAAACACGCAGGGCGCUGCUUUGGGAGCUGGCAACGGCCCUGAAGCGCCGGGAAGCGGCGCUGCUUGCCCACUUGGAGUGGCACGGAGUGGGGCCCACGGCCGCCAAGGCUGAGGUGGAGCUGAGCAUCAGGCGACUUCGGGCCUGGGGGAUGCAUGCACAGGCCCCAGGGCAGACCCUGCAGGUGGCCGAGCUGCGAGGCCCUGUGCUCCAGCUGCGGGAGCCCCUGGGUGUCCUGGCUAUCGUGUGCCCGGAUGAGGGGGCGCUGCUUGCCUUCGUGUCCUUGCUGGCCCCUGCGCUCGCCUGCGGCAAUGCAGUGGUGGUGGUGCCCAGUGGCACCUGCCCCAUCCCCGCCUUGGAGAUCUGCCAGGAAAUGGCCAACUCGAUGCCAGCGGGCCUGGUGAACGUGGUGACUGGAGACAAGGACCACCUGACCCGCUGCUUGGCCCUGCACCAGGACGUCCAGGCGCUGUGGUAUUUCGGAUCUGCCCAGGGCUCCCAGUUUGUGGAGUGGGCCUCGGCAGGAAACCUGAAGCCCGUGUGGGUGAGUCGGGGCCAUGUGCGGGCCUGGGACGAGGAGGCCCAGGGAGCAGGCCCCGAACUGGGGAGGCGGGCCACACGCACCAAGGCUCUGUGGCUGCCCAUGGGGGACUGAUGGAGGAGAUGCCCCCUGCCCAUGGCACACACCUGGAACCUUCCUCGCUUCCCCUGCCUGUGCCCUCCAAUAAACUCUCAUCA